AUGGCCCAAGUCAGACGACCAUUCAAAGAUAUCGAAUCAGAACGUCCAGAUUUCGAUCACUCUACCAACUUUGUCUUGUCAAAAACCAUAUGCCCAGAUUGGAAAUGGGGUCAGGGUGCCCAUGACGGUGGUAUUGGUCUCGACAAGAAGCACAUCGAAAUCGACCCUUAUGAACCAGGACGAUCUGCAGUGAACAACUACAAAUUACUGAUCUCUGCAAUUAUUCCAAGACCGAUUGGAUUUUUGAGCACUCGACACGAGGACGGCACUUUGCGGAAUUUGGCCCCGUUCAGCUACACACAAAUAGUGAACCACGACCCACCAGUUUUCGUGGUGGGGUUUACAGGCUCAAAGGACAAGGACACGCUGAGGAACCUCAAAAAUACCGGCGAAUGCGUUAUCAAUAUCAUCAGUGAACACUUCAUCGAAGCUGCAAAUGCUGCAGCUAUCGAUGCCCCGUACGGUAUGAGCGAAUGGGAGUUGGCAGGCUUGACGCCUGCACCCUGUCGGGAAGUUAAGGCGGAUCGGGUCAAGGAGAGCAUGUUCAGUAUCGAGGGUAAACUGCUCGAGAUCAAGGAUUUCGAGAGCAGGUUCACUAAAGGCGCAAAAUCGGGCUCCAUGGCCAUCAUUGAGGGCGUGCGCUUCUGGGUUCGUGAAGACGCCUUGACCGCAGAUCAAGCCAGCAUCGACCCUGCUGUGUUUCGCCCUGUUGCUAGACUGGGAGGAGUGGCCUAUGGCCGAGUCACGCAGGCCUUUGAGAUACCGAGACCCAGAUAUGAAGAGCUCAAAAACCAGCUGCCAAAUUAG